AUGGUAGUUGAUGAACUUAACUUUGAAUGGGCCUUUUUAUACUCGAAAAUUUCAAAAUUCGAAAAAUAUAGAAUGAUAGCCCUAGAAGGCCAUAGUGCUAUAACAAUUCAUCAUUUGACAAGCUCUCACGAAAGUACAAUGCUUCUUGAAUACCUAUGUAUAUUUUUGAGCUUCUGGGCCGCAGCUGAAGGUGCCAAUGUGAAGGGAAAGCUGGAUCUUUCACCUUUUAACGUAACACGCAAAACUGUGGCGAACACUGAUUUCAAGCUCAUUCAGGUUGGCGGCAACGAUGGCCACGCUUACGUAGCCCAUGCAAAAAUUCACGACCUUGACGGCAACUUCAAAUUCGAAAAUGUGCCCGAGCCAGCAGAAAACACCAAUUCCUCCACAUUUUUCGUACUUCAAGCGUCGUCCCUCGAGUUCAAUCUGAAGCCCAAUCGCAUCUUGGUCAGCAUCGAACGGGACCCACAGGACGCCACCAGGCUCGUCACAAAAGCGUUCCGGAACGUUUUUGGCAAGGAGAACUUCCCCUCGCCAGAGAUCCAACAUCCGGAAAAACUCGAAGAGAUUCCAUUAAAGUCCCACAUCCCCAUCACGCUUGUCAACAAAGCUCCGCUCAGGAUGUACGUGCAGGAAAGGAACGCUAGUUUUCUCAAGAGCGGACCAAUCGCCGGCAUUCUCAAUUCCAAAUUUAAACUCGCUGCGCUUAUUACCGGGGUCAUUGCGCUGAUUUUCCCCACUAUCUUCAGCAAGCUGGAAACCGCAGGUGCAUUAUCAAUGGCAGAAGAUAAGCUGCUCCAGCAACAAGUGCAGAAACAGUCCGACCAGAAAGAAGUUCAAAGUGAACUUGAAAACAUCAAGGCGAAGGCCUAA